AUGGAAGAAUCUGAACUGUUUGUUUCAGAACUCGACAGGAGCAACGUGUGCGACUGGAGUAAUGGAAGCGAUUAUUGUCCCGCCGUCAGAUCUGACACUGAGGAGACAAGGACACUCGUGGGGUCAGCCCUGUCUGCAUUGUCUCCUCUGUACGAAUCCCUGAAAGUGGUUGGCAAUGAAGAGUGUGGAAACGACACUGCUCAUUUGAUGGAGUCAGCACUGAACCUGCACAUUCCAGCGCUCAAGAUGUUGGACGCGACAGCGCGGUUGCCGUCGGGACUUCUGAAUGGCAACGUGAACCAGCUGGGCGACUUCGACCAAUGCCUAGCGGCAAAUGGCAGGUACUGUCUGGCGCUUAUCGACUAUCGCGUCGACAACGAUGAGAUCGACAGCCUGAUGCACGCUCACAGAAUGGUGGAAGGCAGCCUAUCCGAUCCAGGUCACCGAAUUUCCCGCCAGUCGCUGGGGAGCUGGGCAACGUGUGUCCCACAGUCAUGCCGGCACCAGGACGUCCAGAAGGCAGUGGGGAGCAUACUUCAAGGCCGGCUGUCUGCCCUCGAGGUCAGCGUGGGCGCAGACUUCUGCCAUGCGGGCACCGACGUCACGCCUGUCACCUACGAAGACAUUAUCGCCUGGGUAGUCCUUGGAAUUAUCGUGGCUCUCGUCCUUCUGGCUGCCGUAAUUGAAGAUGGCCAUGUGGAAAACAAAGCGUGGUGGCGCCGGGUCUUGGCUGCUUUCUACGUGCGCGCCAACCUGCAGACACUGACGUCAACGGCUGCAGAACCUGAAGAUAUCCCCGGUGUGCACCUAAUGCGCUUCGUGAACAUGCUGGCCCUGCUCAUUUUUCACAAGUCCGUGGCCGCCAUGUUCGUGCCUCACGUCAACAGAACGGCCGCCGUUGAGCAACUGCAACAUCCGUGGACAGUCAUAGGAAGAACUGCCAUUGUCUACACUGAUUCAUUCAUCGUUCUAAGUGGAUUACUUACGUCGUACAGCGUCAUUGGGGAACUGGACAGAAAGAAGGGGUUCAGUGUCUUCGGGAAAGUCUGUAGCCGCGUCUUUCGGCUGCUGCCCAACCUGGUGGCUACCAUACUGGUGAGCACGUACGUGCUGCCGCGGCUCGGCUCCGGACCCCUGUGGAAGCCGCUGCUGGGACAGCACGCCGAGCUCUGCAGGAGACACAUGUGGAGGAACUUCCUCUUCGUGCAUAAUUACUACGGCUUCCCCGACAUGUGCCUGACGCACACACACCAGCUGGGCAUCGACAUGCAGCUGUUCGUGGCGGGCCUGCCGCUCCUUUACUUGUUGUGGCGCUGGCCUCGCAUCGGCCUGUACUCGCUGGCGGCCGUCGCAGGUGCCUCCACCGUGCUCAGGGCGUACGUCACCUACACACAGCGGCUGUCCACAGUCAUCUACUUUGGUGCCAACGUAUCACAGCUGUUCCGGACAGCCGACCUGUCGUACACGCUGCCUACGCAUCGCGCCACCGUCUACGUCAUGGGUCUGCUCCUGGGAUACGCACUACGCAGGUCUCCCACUGUCGCCUUCUCAAAGACGCGAGUGUCGGCGGCGUGGGUGACGGCGGCGACGGUGGCGCUCCUAGCGGCGUGCGGCCCGGUGCACAUGGGCCGGCGCGGCUACCGGUACAGCGCCGCCGCGGCCGCCGCCUACAACGCGCUGUCGCCGCUGCUGUGGGGCACCUUCGUGUGCUGGGUGCUGCUCGCCGCCAGCCUCGGCUACGCCGGCUGGGUGGGCCGCUUGGCAGCAUGGCCUGGCUUCCGCGUCUUCUCGCGCCUGUCUUACGCAAUCUACCUCACCCAGUUCCCCGUCUACUUCUACAACAUCGGAAGAACAAGAGCGACGCAGUUCUACCAUCAUACAGCGCUGUUCGAUUUAUCCGAAGUAUUUUGGAUUAUGGGAAGCUCUGUUCUGAUGACACUCCUGUUCGACAUGCCAUUCCAGAAGCUGAGGAAGCUGUUGUGGUACGAGAGUAAAACUGAGCUGAAGAAAGAGUGA